CCGCCGUCCUGCCCGCUCCGGCAGAGCGCCAUGCAGCCCUCCGCGGGGACAGCAGGUCACUGCCGACCGCGGUGCUGAGGGAGUUCCAGGGAACUGCGGGAGGGCCCGGUUGUUGCCAGCUGGGAAGGGGCUCGGCCGGCGCUGGCAGCUCCGCGUGCGGGCUGCAAGGCGGGCCGGCACCGGCACAGCCGCAGCGCCGAUCCCGCCGCCUCGGCAGCGCCGCUCGGCAUGAGCGGCCCCUCCCCAUCACGUGGCCCGGCCCCGCCCCGAAGGGCACGGGAGGUGGGCGGGGCUUCCUCAAGGGCCCGCGCCCCGCCCCCGCGAGCACCCCAUUGGUGGAAGUCGGGGUGGAGCGCACGCGCUUUUCCUGAACGCUCUGCGUUUGUAGCGGCGCGGCGACCCCAGCGAGUCCCUCCGGUGCGGUCCCGCGGCAUGGCCGGGCCGCGAAUGCUGCCGCCAGGGCUCCCGGUGCUGCUGCUGCUGCCGCUGGCGCUGCCGCUCCCUGCAGGCGACGCCGCCCCGUCCCGCUGCCGCCCGGACCAGUUCCAGUGCGCGCCCGGCGCCCUCUGCUUCCCCCAGGACUGGCGCUGCGACGGCCACCCCGACUGUGAGGACGGCGAGGACGAGCGGGGCUGCGGGACCGCGACCGCGGCGGAGCCGAGUCCUGGCGGCCCCGCGGUGACCCCGCCGAGGAGCUCGGCGGUGCCGCCCGCCGGCAGCGCAGAGCCUUCAGCUAUGCCUGAGGUCUCUGUGCCAUCGAGGAGUCAAGGUCACACAUGGAUCUUGAUUGUUGCAGGGCUCUUGAUCAUCCUGGUAGCGGCAAGUUCUGUUGCUGCGUGGGGUCUGUCCAGAACAAAACCCAGAUCUGACACCUUCGGUCUUGAAAAAGCAUCCAGGGAACAGCUGAUGCCUGGCAAGUGCCAGACAGGCUCCUUGCCCUGAAGGGGAUCCCUAUUCCAAGGUGAUAAGGUGAGACUAGCCUGGUCUGUCUCCUGCUCACCACAGAUCCUGACUGAAUUGGACGUCAGCUCUCAAAUCUGGGUUGUUACACUGGAAUACCAAGAGGACACUCCCUUUGUAAAUGGGUCUUAGAUUGUAGGACUACCUUGGCUCCAGAAAUAGCACAGGACCUUUCCUGGCACUGUGACAUCAGCCCUCCCAAAGGCGGUAGAAAUGUCUUCAUUGCUCUGCAUGACAGUCAUUACUGCUGAUGCCCACCACUGUGGCCUUGGACUUGAAGAUGUUUUUCUCCUUGAAAUGCCAGGUGCUGUUCAAAUGUCUCCUUCCACUUCCAGCCAAGAACCAUUUUUCAUCUGUCCCAUUCUUCCCCCUGGAUUUUGUCAGGGAGCAGGAGCUUUCUCACCUAUUUCCUAAGGCACUCACUGGCUGCACAGGUCAGACAAAUACUCCAUGUUUGCACUACUGUUUGAUGCUGCUCAGUCCCAUGUGCAGGAGGCUUUUACUGACAGUGCCUCCAUGGGGGUGACAGUUGCUCUGGCUUUGCUGUGCUGUCACCUGUGCCUGUGUGGGGCAAGGACCUCCUCGGCCCUGGGCCAGCAGCUCCUUUCACACUCCCUUCCACAACAUCUCCAGGCCUAGCUGACCUGCUCUGCCCACCCCAAUGCUGAAUGCUGCAUGGGGCUCCUCCUAACACUCUUAAUAGUGUCUUCCUUAAAACUGUUCUGACAUGAGUGCUGUCCCUCGAGGGGCCAGUGCUAUUCCGUGUUCUCAUCAGUGUGUAGAGUGAGAUCAGGUGGACCCUCAGCCAGUCUGAGGAUGAGACCAAGCUGGGGAGUGCUUGAGUGCUGGAGAGGGGGAUGUCAUCCAGAAGGACCUUCAGGCCCACAGAAACCUCGUGGAUUUUGAUAAUGCCCUGCACUUUUGUUAGGGCAAACCCUGGAGAAGAGAUGGCUCCAGGGAGCCUUGUUGUGUCUUGUCCAUGUCUGAAGGGGGAUUGUAAGAAAGAUGGAGAGGGGCUGUUCACCAAGGCCUGUAAGGAGAACAGGUACAAAGUGACAGAGAGUGGGCUUAGGCAGGACACAAAGGAGGGUUUUAUGGUGAGGCCCUGCCUCAGGUUGCCCAGAGCAGCUGCGACUGCCUUAUCCCUGGGACCAAGCUGGACAGGGCUCUGAGCAUCUUGGUCUAGUGGAGGUGUCCCUGGAAAUAAGUCAUGUCUUUGGCCAGGGCUCCACGUGCCACACAGAUAGUGUCUGACCCAAGGACUGAGUGCUGUGUGCCUCUCAGAACUGACCAUGCAGGGGCAGAUUAGUGCCCAGUGCCUCUGGUUCAGCGUUGGCCACGUGCACCUUGCACAAGUGAUCACUAAGUGCACCAAGCUGCUGCCUUGGCUGCUGACCUCUGUGCCUUGAAGGUGGGAACUUGACUUGCCAAGCAGACACCAGUCAUCAGCCUUGGAGUAGGAGUCUCCCGCUCCUGGAUAGUGUGUGAGUGCUGCCAUACCUCACAGGAGAAACUUCUAUAUGUGGUAUGGAGUCCUGAGUUAUUCCAGGGCUGCUAUUUUUAGUACCAAGGAGUCAUUUGCAAGGGCACACACAACCUUCUGUUUCCAUAGGCACAGACAGAGAUGGCUGUGGUGACUGACACAGGAGAAUAAAGAAUGUGAAAU